UUGGCUAAAAUCUGAGCCAAUCGACUUGCUUCUUGAAGAGUGCCAGGCUAUCCGUGACAUUCGGUGUUCACAUGUAGCCGUUAAACUCUAUUUCAUAAAAAGAAAAGAAUCUCAGAAUGAACAUUAUUCUAUCGUCAAUUUCCCGAUUGCGUGGAGUAACCCACCUGCGUAGCAGCACCCCUACACUGCCUCUCUCAGCAAAUGGCACAUGUCACCUCAGGUUCUUCAGCAGCUGGUUUGUGUCCGGCGCAGAUGUGAGACCUCAGGUUUCCAGACUGCUGGGGCCGCCCCCAAUGCAUGCUGAGGGUGGCGAAGUGUUCCAGCAGCACCCCUGGCAGUACCAGCAGGUGCGGACCCGUAAAAGAGGCACAGAGUAUCAGCCAAAGAACAUAAAACGGAAAAGAACGCAUGGCUGGAUCAAGAGGCUGAGCUCGAAGGGCGGCAUCGAGGUGAUCCUGCGGCGUAUGUUGAAGGGACGGAAAUCCCUCUCUCACUGACUGGAGGCUCUAAAAGACUUUGAAAUGUGGGAGGGGCUCAGACAGCCACUGAGAAAUAAUAACUGGUGAUACUGGUGUGGUUUUGGGUUAUACUCUUAACAUGAGAAGAUAAUGUAAACAGUUCUGACCUCUGAUCAGAAUGAAGAACUGCCAUCAAAUGAUUAAAGAUUGUUUCACCAACCUUUCCAAAGGUUUUGUUCCGAAUCAUCAGAUUUGGUUCGAUGAUGAAAUGUGUCUAAAUAAAAUGUUUUUGGAAAAUAA